CCUCCUUUUGCCUUCAGAGCUGCCUUAAAUCUUUGCAGCAUAGAUACAUCAGGGUGCUGCAGCUAUGGGGCGGCUGGAGAUGGGUGCACAUCCAUGAUGUGAAUAUUCCUCCACAUGUCAGAGUGUUCUGUUUGAAUUGGGGACUGUUGGUGAUUUUGAGUGAACACAUUGUUAUGUUCAAGAAACUAUAUUCAUGUUUCAGAGGAUUUGAGCUCACGGUUUGUUAUCCUGCUUGACAAGCCAAGAGCCAAGACUGGUAAAUUGCAGUCAUAAAAGGAGGCACAGACAAUGUUUUCUAUUGUUCAAGUUCAGUGAGCCUGUAGCCUCAGUUUCCUGCUCUUACAGACGCUGCGCUUGGUGUGGUUUUCUGCUGCUGUAGGCCACUUUAAGGUUUGAUCAGGUCUUCUGAUGACCUGGUUUGUAAAUGGUUGUGUGGGGAAAGUUCUAAUAGAUCAGCAGUUUUUGAAAUACUAAGACCAGCCCAUCUAACACCAUCACCGUGCUUUUCUUUCUCAUUCUGAUGCUCGCUUUGAAUUUCACCAGGUUGUCUCCAUCAUGUAUACGUGCCUAAAUACAUUGGAUUGUUAUUCUAUGAUUCUAUGAUUAGCUGAUUAGAUGUUUGUGUUAUGGAGAGGUGUACCUAAUGAAAUGUCCAGUGAGUGUAUGUAAAGAAACGUCACCAAAUGACAGUCCUCCACCAAAUAAACUUUGUUUUAAAUACAUAUUACAUUUCAUCACAUGAUGAAGGUGAAAGCCGUAUAUGGUUGGAACUGUGGGAUGUUUCUGAUUUCUGAACAACAAGAAAAACGAGUGUUCUUCUACCAGCAGCGACUUGUUCAGCUUGUAGUGGAUUAAAAAGAUGAAGCAUUGAAAGGCAAGAACUAAAGGUACCUCAGAUACUUCCUUAAGUAUAGCAGUUAGGGUUAUUUCUGAGAUACAAGCAUAGCGCACAUUCAGAACUACAUUUCCCGUGAUCCACUUCGAGGGGACGACCGUAAACAGAAGAAAGCGGAAACAAAAGAGGUUUUUAUAAAAACACAAACACGUCCCGGCUGUCGAAGUACUCAGGGAACAAACUACAACCAUUGACUUGGCCAGCAAUAAUCCUACCAACACGAGCGAGGAGUGAGCACGGGAGCGGACUGCGUCAGUUAGCAUGGCACUGAAAAGAAUACAGAAGGAGCUGCAGGACCUGCAGAGAGACCCUCCCGCACAGUGCUCGGCUGGACCAGUGGGGGAUGACAUGUUUCACUGGCAGGCAACAAUAAUGGGCCCGGGUGACAGUCCGUACCAAGGAGGAGUUUUCUUUCUCACAAUUCACUUUCCUACUGACUACCCGUUCAAGCCACCAAAGGUAGCAUUUACAACAAAGAUUUAUCACCCAAAUAUAAACAGCAACGGCAGCAUCUGCUUGGACAUCCUGCGGUCACAGUGGUCUCCAGCGCUGACGGUGUCUAAAGUUUUAUUGUCCAUAUGUUCAUUGCUGUGUGAUCCAAACCCAGAUGACCCCUUGGUGCCUGACAUAGCUCACAUCUACAAGAACGACAAAGACAAAUACAACAAACUAGCAAAAGAAUGGACCCAGAAGUACGCCAUGUGAAGAAGAUGAGCACAGCGCAAAAACGACAGGCUGACAUUUAGUUUCUUUCUUUUCCCAUCUGUUUUUUAAAGUCAACACGCACUGAAAUUAUAGUACGAACUCAUCAAAUAAUCCUACUUAACUUCCACCAAACUGAACUGUUGUCAUCGUUAUUAAUCCGAGGCCGAUAACAUCUACAUUACUUUGGGGGGUUGUUUUUGUUUUUCCUGAAAAGAAGCCGGACUCGGAGCAGGCCACAGCCUGCCUGUGCGCACUCAGUGGAUACUUGGGCAUUUUUAACGUUUGGCAUGUUAUUAUUGCACCACGGACGGUUCAUUUGUGACAUUCAUGAUUAUUACAGAUUGUUUUCUUUCCUUUUUAAGUACAAGUAUAAAAUGAGAGGACAGAAAUGCCACCAGAUGCCAAACGGAACAAGCCCACGUCAGCUGUGCUGUGAACGGAGAUCAGAAGGGCCGCAGCAGGACGUCUUAGCUCGACUCCUGUGUUACUUUACCUAACAAUACUUUUGUGUUCCUUACAUUAUUACUGUAACUGUUGCUGUGUUGAUCCAGUCCAGUUGGACACAGCCAAUUAAGGCUAAUACUUCAUUGGCUGCAGAGAGGAGAGAUGAUGAGGGACAGCGUGGAGUUGCUGGCUGUGAGCACAGCCAGCUGAGGCUGUGCCUGAUGUGUGGUUGUUGUUGGCUGCUUCUUUGUCUGAGCUGAUGGUGCUGUGGAUCUUUCCAGGUUACUACUGAAAACAUUCAGUUAGCUGUUCUGACAGUAAGCAGCAGCAUGCUGUUGGACACCGACCUAUUAGCAUGUGAGCACCGAUAGCAGGACAGUCGCGUCAUGUCUCCUUCCUUUCUAAUUGUCCCUUACAGCCUCUGUAGACGAACCCCUGGUACAGAUCACACAGAAUGUAAUGCACAGUGUGAGACAAUGCAGAAGUAUUGCAAAGAAAUGCAAAUCCCUUUUCUGUAAUACAGGAAAAAGUCCUGGAAAACUUUGGCGCACGAGCUUCAGGCGGCUCCGUCAUCCACCUUUCUGCUUCGCGCAUCAGCAGCCAGGAAGAAACACUGAAGGCUGAAUGUGAAAUAUGUAUGGCCCUCCAACAGACAACAGUACUGACUGAUACUGUUCUCUUUGCGUCGUCACUUCAUCGAUGUGCUGGCUUACGGAGGAGUCUUGAUGUUGGUGUAGCAGACCAAGUUGAUUGAAAUGAAACAAUGUACUGUGGCAGUGGUCCUGAGAAUGGGAGCGACUUCUUAUGUGUUGCUGUUUUCUUCUAUUGUUGUUGUUGUUAUUAUUAUUGUUAUUAUUAUUGACAACACCUAUAUUGUAUUCAGUCUGUUUGGAAUGAUUUUUUCUAUUUGAACUCAGAUUGGAGUCAUCACAGUGUAAAGCUCUCAUUAAAAUGAUGUGCUCUUGUCCCCUGAUCGUAGCUGUGACGUUGGAUUUCCACAGGUACAACAAUCAGGCCUUCAGCCCAAUGAGAAGCUUUUUUACACUGUCCUCAUUAAGCUGCACUCCAUCGUAACAAAGGCUAAAGACCCUGCUUUUUGUUCCUGUGUAAAGUUUUCUACCUGUGUCUCUGAGGCCCAUGUGGCACAUUUUGUACUGGAUUAAAGAAUAGUACCGUUACUAUCAUGA